AUGCCCAAGUCUAAGAGACAACGCAGUAAGCUUCCAACAAAGGCGACUAAAAAGAGAAACGAGCUGAAACAGAAUUUAGUGGGCGUCAUCCGGAAUGCAGUAGACACGUUCGAGUCGGCCUACGUUUUCAGCUUUCGAAAUAUGCGCUCCAAUCACUUUAAGAACGUGCGCAUGGAUUUUAAGGACAGUCGAUUCUUCUUAGGUAAGAACAAAGUCAUGAAACUCGCACUUGGCCACUCAAAGGAGGAGGAGUACGUGCAGAAUAUCUAUCGCCUAUCGAAAGACAUAAAUGGCAACACCGGGCUGCUAUUUACUAACAGAUCGCAUCAUGAAGUCCUUAAUUACUUUUCCGAGCUUUCAAUUAGUGAUUACCCGCGAUCUGGAUUCGUGGCUACCGAGACGGUCGCAAUUCCUGAAGGUCCGCUGCCACAAUUUAUUGGUAGUAUGAUCGAGUCGCUUCGUGGUCUGGGACUUCCUUUGGACCUCAAAAAGGGUGUCGUUGUGCUGAACCAGAAUUAUACAAUUUGCAAGAUCGGACAGACACUGACACCAGAACAGGCCAAACUACUUGUGCACUUCGACCGCAAAAUGGCUAAGUUUAAGCUUGUACUACUGAGUGUCUGGUCCAAGGAUAAGUACCAACGUAUUGCAUCCGACGACACAUACACCACUGGUGAUGACGACGAGAAUAUGUAA